UUAAAACCAUGCUGAAAAUAAUUUUGAAUUACUAAAAAGACUGUAUCGCCUGAGACAAAAAAAAUCGCUUUUUGCAAUCAGUGUAAAAUGCAUAGAAAUGUCGAAGUUGAAUCCCGAGAUACAGGCGAAUCGUUCUAACUUUGUCUGCAUAGAGUGAAGAGUAUGAUCAGUAGACAAUUGAAAACGAAUUCAGUUCUCAUCUCGCAACAAUGUUCAGUUUUACCCGCCUUCUUUGAGCACAUAACAUCUAAUCAGACUAUGUAUAAUUCAUUGUAUCAUUGAUGUAUUUGAUAGAUCAACUUGAGUAAAGUGAUUUUAUAUAAAUGAACUUCAAAGAAGUGCAUAGCCGAUCAAAUGGUUGGAUUUUCCAAUUAUACAAUAUCCAGGCUGCUACCUGUUUCAGAAGAUACAGAUGGAACACUUCCAGUUACGUGGAUAGUUAUUCCGAUACUAUUGAUAGCGUUGAUACCUUUUGCUGGAAUUUUUGUUCGGAUUAUUUAUAAAAGAAAACGACAGCAGUCUUCUCUGUCUAGUUAUGUCCAACGUCAUUAUUUUGCGCUAAACAAUGUUUCAUAUUCUAUAUUCGACCACAAGGGUAAUGAUGGAAAAAUCACAAAUAAAUGGGUAAAAAAGGCGGCGGAAUAUCAAACUCAGCAAACCGUCUCUCAUGUUAUCGAUAAAUACAGACCAAUGAAGCCCCCAGAAAAACAUGUAAAAAUGCAAAACAAUUCAUUCGAUGAACGCGAAAAGGUAUCAGUGAAUGAGUUCGACGAGAAAGAAUCGAAUACUAGCGAUAAAGUGGAUGCCAACAAAGAUAACGAAGCGAGGCCUGAUAUUAGUGAAAUUCUGGAUACAAUAUCAUAUGAUGUGGAAAGAGGUAUUGUAGAAAUGUCGAGUAACAAAAAAGUCGAGUUAGCAAAGAAGAGUAAUAAAAAAGUAAUACUAGAAGAUUGCAUUAUUGAUGGAAGAAGGAAAAUUGAAAAUCAAAAUGGGUCUGCACUGCUGGACAGAGAGGGCGAAGCAUUUGAUGAUUUGCCAGGUGAACUUGAUAAAGAUGCUGUUUCUACUGAUUCGUUUCAGAACAAUCAGAGACAAGAAAAAUGUUUUAAAAAAUAUUCAACUAAUGUCGCUGUUGGUGAAAACAAAAAAUUGGAAUUUCCUGAACUAAGUCCCAACUCAGUAAAAGAUCGAGUUAAAAAUUAUCAAGAAACGAUUUACGCGCAUGUCAGAAAACCUAAAACAUCACCACGAAAAGUCGGGAAAUUGUCCCCAGAUAUGUUAAGUCCAGUCAAAGUUAUGGAUUUUCAAAAAAAAAAUGAGCAUCACUCAAUAAUGACUCAUCUAGAGACGCCUACUUUUAGUACCGAGAAAGAGCAUGGAACUGUAGAUGAUAUAUACGCAUUGGCAAAUGGGGAAGAUGUAAGAAAUGUGUACUCUUUUGCCGAUGACAUAAUUACACUAAAGGCAAAUGGAAACGAAGCAAAUAGCGACGAAAAAUUUCCACAUAUAUACACGGCUGUAAAAGGAGAAAAAAUAGCAAAGCGCAGAAAAAGAAUUUGAAACGUGUAUAUCAUAUCUUUGAUCAGCAAAAUGAACUUCGAUUUAUGAAUAUUAAAUAUGGACAACGACUCCGUGGCUCAAACUCGCAGAAAAAGUUUCAAACUAGGCAGAAGUCAUACUUUUUAUGGGAGCAUUGGUUAAAGCAUUGAUUAAAAUCAACUAUGUCGACUUCAAAUACUGUUUUAAUUGAACAUUUUUUUUUUUUUAUUUCUUUUUUUUUUUUUUUUUUUUUUUUUUUAUUUCUAUUUUUUAUUUCUUAUUUUUGUAAAAUGUUGUUUGUUUCUCAAAUAAAUAGGAAUAAGAGUGAAACAAACAUACAAUUUAUCAUAAUUUUUCCUAUACCAAAACAAAUAUAUCUCACAAUUAUAUAACUUGUAUAAAAACUCAAUAAAUUUGCCUCAGACAUACACCACCUCGUUUAUAAUAAAGUUAUACAAUGUUAAAUGACGCUGUGCAGCUACCUAAUAUCAGAUAACAGAAUUAAAGUUUACUUAUUUUCAUUUUCGUUCCGGGUGAUGAAUCAAGCAAAUAUAUAUUCAUUUGUGUGAUUCGAAUGUGUGUCCAGUAUUUUUAUUUGCUAUGAAUAACUACGGGUGUCUACGGGUGUCAUCUAAAAUCUAGCAUCGGCAACUUAGGCUCGCGGAGGAAUAU